CGCGGCGUGGCCUCUCCCAGCAGCCUCCAGCGCAAGAUGGCGCCGCGGGAAUCUCUACCCCAGGCCUUCUGAGGGAGCGCCAACUGCCUGUGUCCUCCGCCGUGUUCCAGCUCCGCGUCGUUCCGCGAGAAGGCAGAGGCCGAGCCCCGGCGGGUGCGAUGGCCGCUGUGGUGGCCAAGCGGGAGGGGCCGCCGUUCAUCAGCGAGGCAGCGGUGCGGGGCAAUGCGGCCGUCCUGGAUUACUGCCGGACCUCGGUGUCCGCGUUGUCGGGGGCCACGGCCGGCAUCCUCGGCCUCACCGGCCUCUACGGCUUCAUCUUCUACCUGCUCGCCUCCGUCCUGCUCUCCCUGCUGUUAAUUCUCAAAGCGGGAAGAAGGUGGAACAAAUAUUUUAAGUCACGAAGACCUCUCUUUACGGGAGGUCUCAUCGGAGGCCUCUUCACCUACGUCCUGUUCUGGACUUUCCUGUAUGGCAUGGUGCACGUCUACUGAAGCGGGGGGCGGGGACGACUUUUUUAAAAAACCAGAUUGGGGGGACUGUUGCUAGAAAUUAACACCGGGUACAUUUAGUUUUUAAAUUGUUGAAUUCGCUGCUUGUUCUGUAACGUUAUAAGUAAUUUAUAUCUGAAGACGAAGAGCCUGUAACAUUCUUCAGAUUAAAUGAAGCGUCAGACA